ACAAAAUAUCCGUGGAAAGAAACCCCAAAAUUGGGUGUUAAGACUACAUUAGCAAUUGCUUUUCGAUUAAAUUUAUUUGUCCCUUAUCUAAUUCUAGUGACUAUAUGCAAUUCAUAGUUUUGUCGCCCUUUUGAUGGAUUCAAGUCAUGUUUCUACCGAUUCGAAACAGACAAAACUCUGCCUGAUAGCAUGGAUAUUCACUGGAAUGGCCAUCAUCACCGCCAUGACCAAGCUCUUUACAACAGUCCUUAUGUUUCGCAGACCAGACUGGGACGACCUAAUGAUUGUCUUCUCUUUGGUUGGCAGCAUUGCUGCGUCUUCCCUGGUGCAAACCUCGGCGGAUCUUGGCUUGGGGCGUCACACAGCAGCCGUUGCUUCAGAACCUGGAGGAACUCAGAGGAUGGUCAAGACAAAGAUCCUUCAGGUGGUCGGCUAUCCCUUUAAUAUCAUGGCCUACAGUCUUCCCAACGCAGUCAUUCUAAUCCUCAUCGAACGACUCGUCGGUAAAACGAAAACCAUCUCCCGUCGAUUCCUCCGCGUUGUCGUUGCCAUCCAGAUCAUGCUGGCUCUAGCAUCAGUAAUCAUCACCUUCGUUCAGUGUCGACCGACCAAGAUGCUGUGGGAUCAGUCAGCGCAAGGAGAAUGCUGGAGUCCGCAUGUCUUCAACUACACGUCCUAUGCCGUCAGCGGCUUCACUGUCUUUACCGACCUCGUCCUUGCGAUUGUCCCUAUACACGCUUUCUGGAAGCUGCAACUCAAGGUGCAGGAGAAAUUGGAGAUCACUUUCAUGUUGGGACUGACAUUUCUCUCUGCGAUUUUCACCAUCAUCAAAGCUACAUACUUGGAUACAUUCAACGACAGAACAGACCCUUUGUAUAACGUUGUAACUUUGAUCGUCUGGGGCUUAAUUGAGCAGAACAUUGUCAUCAUGGCAGCAAGUGUCCCAACUCUGAGGCCACUCCUCCGACUUAUCAAGGACAAGUAUCCUAUGCGAAGUGCUGUCGGAUACAUAAAGAGCGGUAGUGGGACCGAUCCGAAGCACAACGCAUCUAUCUCAGAGAUCCCUUUAGGCAAUGUUCAGCAAAAGACGGAACAAGGAAGUGAACCAAGCUGGGAGACGCAGAGUUCCUCCGAGGAGUUAAAUGGAAGGAGAGCUACACCACCAUUCGAGUAGUACAACUGGUUCAGAUGAAUUGGAAAGGAGAUGUGUAGCAUAAAAGGUUUACUGAUCACCCUAGUGAUGUAAAGUCUCACGAUAAAUCAUUGAAAUAUUAGAUUCAUUCA